ACCCUCUAUAGUAUGUAUAUUGUAAAUAGAUAUCUAUAGGAAACAACUCCAAAACAACUUGCACGAUGGCAUGAUAAAUAAGUUCAAAAAAAUUAUUUUUGUUUAAUAAAUAAAGUGGAUUAAAUUGCAAAAAAUUUUAUAAAUCUUGCUAGUGAUAAUUUUUUAUUAAAAAUUGUUUAAAAAACAAUUGUCUACUAUUUUAAUAAAAAUCAAAUACAACAAUGGCAUCAGGACUUGAAAGUUACGUUAACCAUACCGUAUCUAUUAUCACAUCUGAUGGAAGAAAUUUUGUUGGAACAUUAAAAGGAUUUGAUCAAACAAUUAAUUUAAUUCUUGAUGAUUCUCAUGAACGAGUAUACAGUAUGACACAGGGUGUUGAACAAGUUGUUUUAGGUCUACAUAUAAUCAGAGGUGACAAUGUAGCAAUAAUCGGAGAGUUGGAUGAUGAGGUAGAUUCUAAACUUAAAUUAAGAUCAAUACGUGCAGAACCUCUCAGCGCUGUUACUCAUUGAUUAAAUAAUUGUAUUCAUUGGAUUAUUGGUGUCUGUUAUAAAGUAAAUUUUUUAUUUUUCUUUAAAUAAAAAAUAUAAAUUUUUGUACAAAUACAUUGUAGAUAAAAGUGAUAAUUUUUAUCCAAAUUUAAUCAUAACUGUAAAACUAAAAA